CCCCGUCGGGGCGAGCACCGUCCGCUGAGGGAGGCGCCCGGCCCGGGCGGGAAGUUCCGAGGGAGAAUGCCGCGUAAACAUUCGGCGUGCGCGGGCGCACUGCCGGUCCAUCAGCCUCGAGGCGCUGAUUGGCUGAGUUCUCCCCAGCGCCCACCCUCACCGCCAGGUGCGGCUGCAAGCCCUUUGCGGUGCUCCGCCAGCCCUUUGGGGUGCUCCGCCAGCUCUUUGGGGUGCUCCGCCAGCCCUUUGGGGUGCUCCGCCAGCCCUUUGGGGUGCUCCGCCAGCCUGUGUCUCCCUCCCCAGACAGCCCGCUGCCAUCUGCACCCCGAGAAAAAGCAGCGAUGCAGACUUGAUGGCCAAGAGACAGAUGGAUCGAAGUUCAUUUCCUCCAGUGGCAGUGACUUCAGUGACCCCAUUUACAAAGAGAUCGCAAUGACAAAUGGUUGCAUCAACAGAAUGAGUAAGGAGGAACUCAGAGCUAAACUUUCAGAAUUUAAGCUUGAAACAAGAGGAGUCAAGGAUGUUCUAAAGAAGAGACUGAAAAACUAUUACAAGAAGCAGAAGUUGAUGCUGAAAGAAAGCAACACUGUGGACAGUUACUAUGACUAUAUUUGUAUUAUUGACUUUGAGGCUACUUGUGAAGAGGGGAACCCAGCCGAGUUCCUGCAUGAAAUUAUUGAGUUCCCUGUUGUUCUGUUGAAUACACACACCUUAGAAAUCGAAGAUACGUUUCAGCAGUAUGUGAGACCAGCGGUUAAUGCUCAGCUUUCAGAUUUCUGCAUCGGUCUUACUGGAAUUACUCAGGAUCAGGUAGACAGAGCUGAUGCUUUCCCUCAGGUCCUGAAAAAAGUAAUUGAGUGGAUGAAGUCAAAGGAAUUGGGAACUAAGUACAAGUACUGCAUAUUAACAGAUGGUUCCUGGGAUAUGAGUAAGUUCUUAAACAUCCAGUGCCAACUUAGCAGACUCAAAUACCCUUCUUUUGCUAAAAAGUGGAUCAAUAUUCGAAAGUCAUAUGGGAACUUUUAUAAGGUUCCCAGAAGCCAAACCAAACUAACAAUAAUGCUUGAAAAAUUAGGAAUGGAUUACGAUGGACGGCCUCACAGUGGUCUCGAUGACUCUAAGAACAUUGCUAGAAUAGCAGUUCGGAUGCUUCAGGAUGGAUGUGAACUUCGAAUCAAUGAAAAGAUCCUUGGAGGACAGCUGAUGAGUGUGUCCUCGUCAUUACCAAUAGAGGGCGCUCCAGCUCCACAGAUGCCACAUAGUAGAAAGUAACUACAUUUUUGUCUGAUCAGUUGCUACCAAGGUAGCAGGUGAAUGAAUCUGAGCUAGUGCAACCUUCAAGCACCUUAAACAUUUAAGAUCUUACUACAAUUACAGAUAGAUGGGUAUGUAUGCAGACAUUCUGUGGGAGGACACAGCAAAUUCUCUGUCACCAGCACUUUUGAUAUGAACAGUAUUUGUUAUACACAGUAACCAGUCCCUGCUUAGAACUGAAUUUUAUAAUUCAGUAAGGUGUCCAAGAUAUGUUCUUUUGCUUUUAGAUGGAAGUUUUAUUGCUUCAUUCUUUGAACGUCAUGGCUUAAUUGAUAUUGAAAUUUAAAAUGAAUUUCUACAUUACCACCAUCAAAUUAAAUACAUUGUUUUAAAAGUGUAGAAAGGAUUGAAAGGUAGUCUUUACCCACUGAGUUUUAAGUAAAAUGUGGUCCUUUUAAUUUUCUAAGUUUGUAGGUGAAGUGAAGGGUUUGUUCCAGGAAUGCUAUUUGUGGGUACCAGAUUCUACAAGUGUUCAGGUUCUGUAGUUCAAGUGGCAUAAUGCUUAUAUAUAACCUACACGUUCUCCCAUAUAUUUUAAUGAUCUCUAGGUAGCUUAUACUUAAUAAACUGUAAAGAAAUGGU